AUGGACAGGGAUCAGUCCCUAGGGCUCACAGCUCCGGUUCAGACCGAGCCCAUUCUCCAUUGGACGAACCAAUCCCCAGAUACCACAUUCGACGAUGAUUUGCUUCGAUGGAUACGGGAGCCGUGUCUAUUUGAGGAUAUGCGCUUUGAUGAAGAUAUCAUGUCGGUACUACUGGAAUCGGGAUCAAUGCCGCCCUUCAAUGCCGCACCACUUCUCGCCAUGGAUAUAGAUACAGAUCAAGCAACCUCAGAUCUCAAUAAUCGAAGCGCCAAUGGCUCCGAUGGCCGGGGUGGAAUAAUGGGUCGACCAGCAUCACCUCCGAAUGAAGCCUCCGAAGAAGACAAAUGGCCCUACAGAUGGGAUCCUGGGUCUCAACCGAUCACCGCCGCUAAGCCCAUUGAACUGCCUCAAAACCAUCCAUUGAGAUGUAAUCAUGAGACUCAAUUUGAUAUAUCAAACCAGCGGUACCAAAAGGUCAUCGCCUUCCUUCUGGAACCAGCAAGAAGGGGAUUCAACUUCCACUCACUUCAUUUCCCAGACCUGAAGACCACGAAUAUUUUUAUAAGACUGUUUUUCACUUGUUUCGAACACCAGAUGCCUGUCAUACAUCGCCCAUCUUUGCAGUCGUGUGAUAGUUUGCCUGAUCCCCUUCUAGCCGCAAUAAUUGCCAUUGGAGCUAUAUACAGCCGAGAACGACACACCUGCCGUUUCUCAAUUGUACUCAUCGACAUGGCAAGGCUGGGCUCACAGAUUGUCCUCGAGAUGAAUAACAAGCUUAUGAGAGACCCUAUGUUUGUCUAUGCCCUGGCACUUCUCUGCUACGCAGGCCUCUGGUGCGGCAACAAACGAUUGUUUGAGCUCUCUGAGAGCAUUCGCGCCGCAGUGGUCACUUACUGUCGCCAAAUCCGUAAUAGCGAAUGCAGCUUUGCAAGAGAAGAUGUCAAGAGAUUCGGCACGACCUUUGAAGGCCAGUGGCAAACAUGGAUUUUGAAAGAGUCCAGAAAGAGGCUGCUGUGGGUUAUUUACAGUCUCGACUGUAUGUUCCCAUGUUUGCUGUACCUACCGGCCUCAAUAAGCCUGGCAGAAUCUAUGACAAUGGAGUGUCCCUGUGAUGAGGAAUUCUGGAAUGCUGCAACUGUCAAUCGUUGGAAAUCCUUACUUGGCUCUGCAUCUGUUCCACCUGCAAGAACCUUCGCUUCUGCCGUGAGCCCUUUUCUGGGGCCUAUAAGUCCUGGAAGUACUUCUUACAGCACCUCUUCCGAUGAAAUCCUUCGGCAGACCUCUAUAUCAUCUUCGAUAGGUCUCAAUUCUUGGACUCGACAUCUUGUUCUUACUAAUAUCCUGGUACAUAUAUUUGAACUGUCUGAGCAGAUUUCUAUGGUAUCCGAGGCAACUCUUGAUACAGGGAUAUGGCAGAUACCAGGUGCAAAAGAAGCACACUCCCCCACAUAUUCGAUGGGGCCUGAAAUAAAACCACACUAUGACUAUCUGGCGACAAGAUACCUGUCAAGCCGACAAAGAGGAUCUACAUUAUCACCCCCGGAACAAGAAGUGUGCAGAGCACUCGCGAAACGCAAGGAAAUUCUUUCAAGUUAG